GCCAUAGUCGCACGUCGUGUCCAGCCGAAAGGCAUAGCAGGCACAUUAGAGCUUUUCCCCUAAGCAAGGCAAUUGACAAGGGACUGCGAGGAUCCGGCUGUGCAGGGGACGCGACCGGAUUGGGCACUUUUGCUUUUGAGUCCCUAUAGAAGAGGCGCUCGAGCCCGGUCUACAUAACAAUACAUUUUCACUACCAACUGCUUAUUCUACGUUCAAAGAUCCUACACAAGAGACAACUUCGCGAAGUUUGCGACCGCAGGUCGGCGGCCCCCGCGGCUUGCCUUCCUGCCCUGCAAUUGUUUGUAUUGGGCUAGGGAGCCACAAGAAAGCUCUUACAGCUGUAGGGAAGCCUUAUUCACCGCGCGGACCUUCGCGCAGUCAGCGUACACCGCCAUAGAGGGCUGGACAACUCUUGCGGAAGGCUUAGGUUAUGAGCAAGCUUGCACCGUGUCCAUCUGGUCAGGAGCACCGUCUUGGCCGAAGUCGUUCUGUCGAGGACGUCUGGCGCCACGACGACAAUGGCAGCAGCUGCAUCUGUCAAGAGCAUACUGGCGAGGGUCAGCUGAGCUCCAGCGUUUGCCGGUCCAGCUACUGCGGCGCGUCAUCAGCACGCUGCCAUGAGGCGCACUGUGACUCCGACAGCGACGCUGAGAGCGUGGAGGAUUGGGCGCAAGAGCGGCACUUGUCAUACUACGAGUGGGUAUCGCUGCCGCGGCCGUUGGUUCGGCCGCCAGGGCUGCCCCGUCCCCCACGUCGCAUCGAGUCAGCGCCGUGCUUUCACAAGUGGGGCGCAGCCGCCGCAGUGGCGCUUCAGCAACCGCGGCAGCAGCCAGCGGCAGCAGGCGGAAACACCUGCAGCUGGGCGGAUGACGACGAUGAUGAUGAGGAGCUCGACCUCGGGUCGCUAGCAGACUGGAUGAAGGAGGGACUGGCUGAGCAGGUGGCGUGCUGCACCGCGGCCAACACAGGCGCAGACCGCUGCUGCCAGCCCGCGUCGUCUGUCGAGCGCGCAGGGGCUGAGCUGGAGGCGGAGCCGCAGUUGGAGCCCAGCGCGGCUGCUGCGCCACCUGCAGCGGCGGUCUCUGAGGCCGCAGCCACGGAGGUGCUGUCUGGUAGCAUGGCGCAGCUGCCGCCGCCAGCGCAGCUCCUGCUGCAAGCCGCGCCAGACCUCAUGACCGGCUUCUCCUGCCCGGGCGUGGUGCGCCUGGUGCUGUCGCAGUCGCCGGCCGCGGGUCACGGUAAGGCGGAGGAGGGUGAGGAAGAGGGGGCCGAGGACGCCGGCGAGGACGCGUGCAUCGAGCCCACGAGCCCUGGCAGCUCGGACUGUGGCUGCGGCCUUGACGGCGGCAGCAACCUUGGCCUGGGUAGUGACGGCAGCGGCAGCCGCUGCUGCAGCAGCCUGAGCCUGUCGUCGUGGGACACGGGCGCGCUGACGCGGCACGGCUCGCUCACGGAGGAGGAGGCGGUGCCGGACUGCGACACGUGUGGCCUGCUGUGCGCGGGCGGCUGCUACGCGAGCCACAGCUUCAGCGCCUGCGGGCCGGCCGGUGCUCUGGAUGAGACGGGCCUGACGCGGUCCUGCUCGCCGGGCCCGAGUGGCCUUUGCGCCGCCGCCCACGCUGCCGACAACAGCUGCAUUUGCUACUCAGCAGUGCUCGCCGCCACGACCAAUGUGGUGGUGGAUGUGGCGCAGCUUGAGGCUGCCUGCGGCCAGGCCAGUGCAAUCGUCGCGGCCUCGUGCAGCUGCAUCUACAUGUAUGGCUGUGACGCCUACGGUGCGGCGGCCGCCGUCGCCGUGCCGGCAGCUGACCGGCAGGCGUGCGCAGUGGGCAGUAGCACCGGCUGCGGUUCAAGCUCGUGCACCACCGGCACUCUGGUGUCACCGACGCCCGUGUUGUGCUGGGAGACCAGCGCGUGGGAGCAGCGCAUUGCCGCGCAGCAGCAGCAGCAACUGCUUGCGGCAGCGGCCUGUCCGUCAGAUGCGGUCGAGUGCCCGGUGUGGCUGGAGCCAGCCCUGGGUUUGAUGCUGAGCCAGGUUGUAGCUGAGGCGUUGUGGGGCGAGGACGCAUAAGUGACCAGAGGCGGGCCUUUGGCGGCCGUGGGAGGGGCUGCAAGGAGGAGAGAACCAUCUAUCUACAGAGCGCAUGAGCGAUAGCGUGCGCCUUUUUAAACCCGAUAAGCAAAACGCAGCGUGUUGCAGGGGGUAGCGCGGUGUGUGCGGUGUGGUGUUGGGCGCACGUGCGCAAACGGAAGUGGGCAUGGAUGAGCUGGGGCGGUCGCGUGUCAUAAGGAAUGCAUGUUGUUUGCAGCAUACUGUACAGCGUCUGUGUUUGUGCUCUUGCUUGAUGUUCCUAAUCUACCUAAAUUUGUUGGGAGCAGGACAAGUGGCGCGCAAAUAAGAGCAGGUCUGACAUUCAUUGCGGCGGCUUGAGACAACAGUUGUGCGUUUGUUCUUUGUCUUGUUGACACUGUAUGCUUAGGCAGGCGACACAUAGGUAGAGCUUUCUUUCAAAAGAUGGCAAGUGCAAGUAGCAAUGUCAGCUGUAGUGCAGGUGUUCGUGUGGUGCCGCUUGACUUGUCGUGUCAUGCGUCGUUUCUGCACUACCGCAGUGCACAUGGUAUACAAUCAGCCGCUGGUAGUAAAGUUGACGUGGGGGUUGACUUGAGGAAUACUGAAUCAGCAGUGAAUUGUGUGCGAUCCAAACUAUGGCAUCUGCCGCUGAGGCGUGGCGUGAUCACCAGGGCCGCUUACCGGUACGCGCAAAUGCGCAAUUGGGGUCUUGCGACAAGACUUAAUGCAAGGUGGCCGGCGUUGGCGUGUUUGGUAUGCACCGAAGUUUAGAAGAUGGCUUGCAUAAGGUAUCUGGCCUGGAGCGGCACUGGGUGCUGAUAUCAAGAGCCAAACAGGGUGACAUCCCUGUAAAACGUACUGUAACGUGGACACUGC